GGGCGGGAGCUGCCGGCAUCCGGGGAGGAGCGGCCGGGCCCGGCUCCAUUCAAGUCAUUGGCGCUGAGUCCCCGCCAGCUGAGCUGCCCAGCCGAGAUGCCUCGACAAUUUCCAAAGCUGAACAUUUCUGAAGUUGAUGAGCAGGUGCGGCUUCUGGCAGAGAAGGUGUUUGCUAAAGUUCUCCGAGAAGAAGACAGCAAAGAUGCCUUGUCACUGUUCAGUGUGCCUGAAGACUGUCCUAUUGGGCAGACAGAGGCUAAGGAAAGAGAACUGCAGAAGGAGUUGGCAGAACAACAGUCUCUGGAGACAGCCAAAAGGAAGAAAAGUUUCAAGAUGAUUCGGUCCCAGUCCUUGUCAUUACAAAUUCCAAACCAAGACGGAAAGGCACCAUCAAAUACUUCAUUUCUGUCUCCUGCAACUCCAGUUGUUCCAGGUGCUUUUCAGCAAGUCUCAGUGCUAUACAAUGUACCAGAAUUUCAGAGAGUUGCAAUUAGUGGGGAUUACUGUGCAGGGGUUACAGUUGAUGAUUAUGAACAGGCUGCCAAGAGCCUGGUGAAAGCUCUACUCAUUCGAGAGAAGUAUUCACGUCUUGCCUACCAUCGCUUUCCAAGGACAACAUCGCAGUAUUUGUGUACUAUGCAAGAUGAAAACUGGAAGAUCGAAGAUGAAGUAUGUCCAGAUUUCCAUCCUCCCCCAAAAGAACUAGAAGAUCCUUAUAACCUUGAUGAUGCUCCAGACAACUUGGAUUAUGUUGUCAAGAUGAAAGGAGGAAUUCCAUUUGUUUAUGACAACAAAGAAACAAUGGGACUGAACGAGCCUCGGAGCUUGCCGUAUCCUGACCUGGAGACCUACACACUUGACCUCAGCCAUGUUCUUGCUCUUAUUGCAGAUGGUCCAACAAAAACAUAUUGCCAUCGAAGGCUGAAUUUUUUAGAAUCUAAAUUCAGUUUACAUGAGAUGUUAAAUGACAUGUCUGAAUUCAAAGAACUGAAGAGUAAUCCUCAUCGGGACUUUUAUAAUGUGAGAAAGGUGGAUACUCAUAUCCAUGCUGCUGCCUGCAUGAAUCAGAAACAUUUGCUGAGGUUUAUUAAGCAUACUUACCAAACAGAAUCAAACAGGAUUGUUGCAGAGAAAAAAGGCAAGAAAAUGACGUUAAAGCAGGUGUUUGAAAGCCUUCACAUGGACCCUUAUGACCUCACAGUAGAUUCGUUAGAUGUCCAUGCCGGUCGACAAACAUUUCACCGAUUUGAUAAAUUUAAUUCCAAAUACAAUCCAGUUGGUGCCAGUGAGCUAAGGGACUUGUAUUUGAAAACUGAGAACUACAUUGGUGGUGAAUACUUUGCUCGUAUGGUCAAGGAAGUAGCCCGUGAACUAGAAGACAGUAAAUAUCAGUACACGGAACCUCGGUUAUCCAUUUAUGGACGGUCUCCAGUUGAAUGGCAGAACUUAGCGAAGUGGUUCAUUAAACACAAGGUUUAUUCACCUCACAUGCGCUGGAUAAUUCAGAUUCCCAGAAUCUAUGAUAUAUUUAGGUCAAAGAAUCUGCUGCCUACUUUUGGGAAGAUGUUAGAAAACAUUUUCUUACCUCUGUUUGAGGCAACUAUCAAUCCCAAAGACCACAAAGAGCUGCACCUCUUCCUCAAAUAUGUAACCGGCUUUGACAGUGUUGAUGAUGAGUCCAAACAUAGCGGCCACAUGUUCUCUGACAAGAGUCCUAGCCCAGAUGCCUGGACCAGUGAAAGAAAUCCUCCAUAUAGUUAUUAUUUGUAUUACAUGUAUGCCAACAUCAUGUUGCUUAACAACCUUAGAAAGGAGAGAGGCAUGUCUACCUUCUUGUUUAGGCCUCAUUGUGGAGAAGCUGGGUCAAUCACUCAUUUGGUAUCAGCCUUUCUGACAGCUGACAACAUUUCUCAUGGACUACUCUUGAAGAAGAGUCCAGUUCUCCAGUAUCUUUAUUAUCUUGCACAAAUCCCUAUUGCCAUGUCUCCACUUAGCAACAACAGCCUAUUUCUAGAGUAUUCGAAAAGUCCACUCCGGGAGUUUCUGCAUAAAGGACUUCACGUUUCUCUCUCUACAGAUGAUCCUAUGCAAUUCCAUUAUACAAAGGAAGCCCUUAUGGAGGAAUAUGCCAUAGCAGCUCAAGUGUGGAAACUGAGCACUUGUGACCUGUGUGAAAUAGCAAGAAACAGUGUACUACAAAGUGGAUUGUCUGAUAAGGAGAAACAAAAAUUCUUGGGAAUAGAUUAUUGUAAAGAAGGGCCUGAGGGAAAUGACAUUCGGAAGACAAAUGUUGCACAGAUCCGAAUGGCUUUCAGGUAUGAGACACUGUGCAAUGAGCUUAGUUUCCUGUAUGAUGCUAUGAAAUCAGAAGCAAUUACAGCUUUAUCGCAACAGUCACAGCGUCAAGAAAAAAGCCAGUUUUGCUCCUGACCGGAUUUAUUACCAACUGCUUUCUUAAUAUUGAAUUGUCUGUGUCUGAGAGAUGCCAAGAUGGAACUGUUUGAACAACACCAAGAAGUAAAGUAUCCAUGGGAGAGGGAGCGAACAGCAUUUGAAGGAAUCUUCUACGCUUUUACACUGUUAUGUAGUGUUGGUUUCUACAGCCAUUAAGCUUUAGAUAUCAGAUGCAAGCUCAGAACUCUGUAAUCAUACUGCCUUUAAACUGUACUGUGCAAUGUAGUUUAAAAACCCUAACAUAUUGUUGAUAUUGCUUGCAUCUGUGAUAUUCUACUGUAAAUGCAAGAUGCAUGAAGACAACAGAUGCUGGUAGUACACAUGCAACUUAUUUUGUCAUGCUGGGUGUCAGUGACAGUCACAGCUAACAACACUUAAAUUUCAGUCCCUGGUUUGUUAGAAGAUUUUAGGAUGCACAAAAAUUAGAAGAGCACUUCUAUUCAUUUUGUAAAAUAUUAUGUGGCACUCACCAGUCUUUACAUAAAAUAUUAAACAGUGAUCUGAAGGGAAAGAGAGAUCGUUACCAGACAAUUAUUGCACAUCUUUUUAGGAUUACAAAUCAUUUAUUAUAUUAUUAUUACCUAGCACUUGGGGUAGAGAUGGGAAGAAACAUAGAAGAUAAAUGCUGUUUCCUAAUGAAAAUAGAAAAAUCAGUGUAAAAAUAUUGUACAUCAUAGUGCUACAAAGUAACUUUUGAAGGCAUAGCUUCAUUAUGAAAGCAUGCCUUGAAAGUGGAGAACAAUUUUUGUUUUGCUUGCUUUAUUACCAAAAAGAAUAGGUAUGUCCUGUCUACAUUAUCAUAUUUUCUCACAUACCAAAUGACCCCAUGAUUUAGGAAGGCAGAAUGAAGAGAAAAAGAUUUUUCCAGUCAUGGCUGAGUAUUGGCCACAUGCAGCAAGGAAGGAAACUACUCUUCAGUAUUACUCGCUCUCCCCUCACAGCUCUACAACUAGAGCUUGUCACAGGCACUGCUGAAUUGACUGCUCAGCCAAAAACUGUUGCUAAUUUGGCAGUGGCCAUGACAAGGUCCAAGCUUUACUUGUGUAUCAAAUCUGCCAGGAGAGGGAGUGACUCUCAAAAGCAGAUUCUUUCCCUGCUGCACAUGAUUGGGAGCCCAGUAUCAUGCCAGCAGCCAUGUGGUGUGAAAAUCAAUUUUCUUGUUAAAAUACACCCUCAAUUUUGAGGGAAGGUGCAUGUGGUAUGCAAGUGAAUACGGUACUUGGAAAUGCAAGCGACUUGCUGUGGAUGCACACAAAGGAGAACCUAUUGACUUGAACAAGAAUGAACUCUGGCUAUUAGUGGUAGAAAUUAAAGACUUA